AUGACUACUCCUUAUAGCAACACUUACAAUCUCGAAUGGAGAAACCACCCUAACUUUGGGUGGGGAGGCAAUCAAAACCGAGACCAAGGGUUUGUUCAUCGUGAGCAAGGCCAAUGUUUCCAAAGGCCUAGUGGUGGCUAUCAAAGUGCAAGCUCCUCCAACUACAACAAUCAACUCCAAAUGGCUCUUCAUCAACCUCAACCUCAAGCACAACCUAUCAUUCCACCUCAAGAGCCAUUGAAAAAACCAAGUGUUGAAGACUUAUUAAUGAGUUUCAUUGUUGAGAGAAAGGGACAAGAAGAAGCCUUGAAGAACAAAUUUAAUUCCAAGGCCGGAACUCACAAAGAUGUCUCUACUUCUACUUCAACUGAAAGACCAUAUAAAAGAGGUAUCACUUUCAACCCACCUCUAAAGAUUGUGCAAGAAGAGGAGGUGUCUCUCCCUUAUCCUCAAGCUCUAUGGAAACAAGACAAAAAGCUCAAGAAAGAGGGUCAAUUGAGAGAGAUGAUUGAUUUGUUUAAGAAGGUUCAUCUUCCACCAAAGCUCAAAGAUCCAAGAAGCUUCAGUAUUCCAAGCAAGAUUGGAGACACUACUUUUGACAAAUGUUUGGUGGAUCUUGGGUCAAGUAUCAAUUUGAUGCCAUAUUCAUGUUUGAGAGAGCUUGGUUUUAAAGGAUCUUUGAAACCAACUUCAAUUAGUCUCCAAUUGGCGAAUAGAAGUGUGAGAUACCCUAGAGUAAUCUUAGAGAAUGUGCUUGUUAAUGUGGCAACGUUGGUGAUAGCGGUGAAUUUUGUUGUUUUAGACAUGGAAGAAACCCUUAUAGUUGACAAUGAGAUCCCUAUCAUUUUUAUGGGAGAGCGUUCAUGGCUACCACUGGUUUCAAGAUUAAUGUGA